AUGGCGUCUGCACUAGCUCCAGAGACGGAAAGGAACAGAUUGCCUGCAGAUCAUGACAGUAAAAUCGAAGAGCCAAUCGAUGACGAUACUCCUCCUUUACCAAACGAAACGGUUAAUAACGACACAUUGAAGACGCAAUUCGUAUCACCUUCGGGGGAAAUGUUUGAUAAAUUAUGCGCAGAGUUGAAAGAGAGACUAGAUAAUGGUCGAGGGGAAUGUAUUUACCAAUUGGGAGUAUCUGAUGAUAGUGAUCCCGGGUUAUCUGAUAAUGACAUGCUGGCAUCGAAAGCUACUUUAAAAAGUUUAGCCGAGUUAUGUGAUGCAGACCUGCAGCUUUUACAAGAAAAGCAUUCUACUGAGGGAACAGUUGCUAAAUAUUUGAUUAGAUAUCGAGCUAAAGAACGAGAAUUUCUAGAAGUUAGAGUUGCUGUGGUUGGUAAUGUAGAUGCAGGAAAAUCGACCCUAUUGGGCGUUUUAACUCAUGGGGAGUUAGACAAUGGCCGUGGCCUUGCAAGACAGAAGUUGUUUAGGCAUAAGCAUGAGGCUGAAUCUGGACGCACUAGCAGUGUUGGUAACGAUAUUCUAGGAUUUGAUAGUCAUGGAGAAGUUGUUAACAAACCCGAUGCACGAGGUUUAGCAUUAGAUUGGCAACGAAUUUGUUAUGCUUCGUCAAAGAUAAUAACAUUUAUCGACUUAGCUGGUCAUGAAAAAUAUUUGAAAACAACAAUCUUUGGUAUGACCGGUCACGCUCCUGAUUUUUGUAUGUUAAUAGUCGGUGCUAAUGCUGGUGUAAUCGGAAUGACGAAAGAGCAUCUUGGCCUGGCCCUUGCUUUAAACGUUCCUGUUUAUGUAGUUAUUACUAAAACUGAUAUGUGCCCUCAAAAUGUUCUUAGCGAUACAUUGAAAUUAUUAGCUAAGAUAUUAAAGUCACCCGGAUGUAGAAAAAUCCCUGUUUUUAUCACCAAGGAAGAAGAUAUUACGGUCGCGGCGACCAAUUUUGUAUCUGAAAGGAUAUGUCCAAUUUUUCAAGUAUCAAAUGUUACUGGAGCUAAUUUAAAUUUAUUAAAGAAGUUUUUAAAUUUAUUACCGUCGCGGAUGAGUCGCAAGGAAAAUGAACCUCCGGAAUUUCUUAUUGAUGAAACUUACUCUGUCCCGGGUGUUGGAACGGUAAUUUCUGGGACGGUAAUGCAAGGAAUUAUCCGCGUAAAUGAUUCAUUAUUGUUAGGACCAGAUUCUCUUGGUCAAUUUCAACCGGUAGUUAUCAAAGGUAUUCAUAGGAAGAGGAUGGCAGUAGAGUACGUUGAAGGAGGACAAACUUGUUCUUUUGCACUGAAAAAGGUCAAAAGAUCAACUAUUCGUAAGGGAAUGAUACUUGCAUCUCGUGAUUUAAAACCAGAAGCAUGUAGCGAAUUUGAAGCCGAUAUUUUAGUGUUGCACCAUCCUACCACUAUUAAAAUCCACUAUCAAGCUGUCGUACAUAGUGGAAGUAUGAGGCAGACUGCAAGCAUUGUCGAAAUGAAUAAGGAACACAUACGUACAGGCGACCGUGCCUUAAUUAAAUUCCGUUUUCAGAAAACACCCGAAUAUCUUAAAUCGAAUACUAAGCUUAUCUUCAGGGAAGGACGGACUAAAGCUAUUGGUACUAUAACUAAGACUUUUCCGAUAAAACAAGCUACUGUCCAAUCGAAGCAAGCACAAUCAAAAAGCACCAAUCGACAAUCGUGA